UCUCAAUUUAACCAUGUCGUGAAACAGGCAAUCCAAUUCCAAGCUGAUCAGUUCGCCGCUUCUGUUUUCUCCUCUCGUCGAAUCCAAACCCUUCUCUCCCUGGCCUCCGGCGAAUCUCCUCACACAGACGAUGGCUGCGAACUGGCUCCCGCCGGUCCUCCUCACUGCCUCCGGACGACCGGUCUUCCUUCCCGGCGAGAUCGAGCGCUGCCUCCUGUCUGCUGUCGACCUCGAGGCCGAGGAGAAUCCUGCCCUGCCCACCCUCCGAUCCGGCCUCCUCGUCCUCACUUCCCACCGGAUCCUGUGGAUCGACGAAUCCUCCUCCUCGGGUUGCGCCAUCCCCCUCGCCGCCGUGGUCCACGUCUUUCACCCUAAGAAGUCGCUGCGGAACAUGUUCGCGAGCCCUAGGGUCCGGAUCCAGGUGUCAACGUCGCCGGACGGUAGGGUUGGGGAGAAGGGGACGCGGUCGGAGAUGGUCACGAUCGUGAUGAGGGGAAAGACCGACCCCGACGUGUUCUACGGGAGGCUGCUGGAGGUCCUGAGGUCGAGGACGUGGGAGGCGUCGGAGGAAUCGGAGGGGAGGGAGAGGGGAUCGGGAUCGGGGGAGGGUUCGGCGAGGGUGAGGAUGCCGGUGGUGGGGGUUUCGGGGAUUCUCAGGAAAGAGCAGGAGAUGUGGGAGAGCACGGACAAGAGCUUGCAGGAGGCCUUCCACGACCUGAACGCUCUCAUGAGUAAAGCUAAGGAGAUGGUGCAGCUGGCAGAGAACAUGAGGCAAAAGCUAUUAUUAGGUUCAAAUGCUCAAGCAAGUGCAAAUGAUGACGAGUUGGGUUCUAAGCAAGAGAUACAGGAUUGGCUACUAAGUGUUGGUAUUGUGUCACUAGUUACAAAAGAGUCUGCAGGUGCUCUAUAUCAUCAACAAUUAUCUCGUCAGCUAGCAGAUUUUGUCAAAUUACCACUUGAAAAGGCUGGAGGGAUGAUUGCAUUGAUAGAUGUUUACUGUCUGUUUAAUCGUGCAAGAGGAACAGAACUGAUUUCGCCAGAGGACCUUUUACAAGCCUGUGCACUUUGGGAAAAAUUUGAUGUCCCAGUAAUGCUUAGGAAAUUUGAUAGUGGCGUAAUGGUUAUUCAGAAUAAGGCCCACAGUGAUGACGAGGUUUUUGCAAGAAUCACAUCCCUUGCACAGAAGCCAGAUGCCCUCCUGAUGGGAAUAAGCCCCAGCGAUGCUGCAUUGACAUUAGGAAUUGCACCAGCUCUGGCCAAGGAACACAUGCUAACUGCUGAAAGCAAAGGUCUUUUAUGCAGAGAUGUUAGCCCUGAUGGCUUCCGCUUUUACAUUAAUUUAUUCAAAGAAAUAGAUCCAAGUGAUAUAUAUUCGAUUAAGACUACUGGACUCGUGGGUGCUUGGGUUUCUGCUACGUCUACCUCUGGAUAGACAUAACAUUCUGUCAAUUAAUUUUUCUUCAGAUGAUGAAUCUUUUUUGAUCACCAGAAGGCAGCAAUUGGUGAAAGUAAUGUUGUUGACUUGAAGCACAUGGUCUUACUGGUUUCACAGCAUUUUUUGUUGUCUUCAUGACAGCAUUCAUAUUGAGGCGAGGAGCAGGUACACUCAUUGCUCACUGCAUGAAGUAGACUAAGAAUAUUAGAUUCGAGAAAUAAGGCUGCCCAAUAUUUGCAUGCACAUUUUGUGCUCGAAGCACCUGCAACCUCUCAAUAUUAUGUCAAUAGUCAUUGUGUUGAUUAUUGUAAGCUUGUAAAAUUAAGUAUAAUUCAGAUAUCCAGUGUACAUGAGUCUACAUUAACAAUGGGUAGAUUUAGAAACAGAAAGGAAACAUUGUCGUCUGUUAAACUAAUAUCAGUGCAUGUGAUCUAUCCAAGCAUGCAGAGUGUUUCUCUAGUUGGAUUUUCUUUCCAAUCUCUAGUUUGUAUGUAACUUAGAUUGAAUUAUCUCUUUAAUAGUUGGUUGGUCUUUGAAUGACUUGGAAGUUGGAA